AACUUACUUAUUACAAGACAUAUCGUACAAAUUAUACUCCCAUGCACGCUCGUGAUUGGUUACUUGUUUUCGUAGGAUUCUUUUUCCCACCAAUUCCCGUAAUUGUCAAGAAGGGAUUCUGUUCUGCUGAUCUCUUGAUCAAUAUAUUGUUGUGCAUAUUAGGAUUCUUCCCCGGAUUAUUACAUGCUUAUUAUAUCAUUGCGAUGAAUCCUCAUCAAGAGAAUUAUAUUGCUAUUGGCUCUGGUGAACAACGUGUUGGCGAUUAUGGAGCUAUCAGCUCAUAACUUAUAUCACACUGAUAUGAUAUAGAGGGGAGGGGUCACACUUUGUGCAUUAGUAGCAUUCACCUACCAGGGUAACCCGGAUUUGAAACAACUUUAUUUAAGGAGAAAAAUUUGCAACAAAAAUUUUCUACUUCCCUUCUCUACAACAACAACAACAGUGUAUAGAAUCAAUACAUGAAUAUUUC